AACAAAUGAGACGGCUCGUAGCAACAGUUUUCGCCGGAUGUUUGUUAGUGAGUUUCGGGAGGUAUACGUUGGUGUUGGUACGUAAGGUAGUGUGUGGAAAUCAAGUAUCACAUACAAAAAUGAGUGCACAACUAAAGGAUAUGGUUUCCGUGGAUUUCGAAGUUUUUGGGAGAGUUCAAGGCGUGUUCUUCCGGAAAUACACAGUUGAUGAAGCCAAGAAAGUGGGUGUUAAAGGUUGGAUUAUGAACACCCCAAAAGGUACAGUUCUUGGAAGAAUAGAAGGAGAAGUUAAAAAAGUGGAACACAUGAAAAAAUGGCUUCAAACGACUGGAAGCCCAAGUUCCAAAAUUGAAAAAGCGGAAUUCAGAAAUGAAGCUCCAAUUCGUCAAUACUCAUUUGCUUCUUUCACAGUCAAGCACUGACACUUGUUUUAUGAACUGCUUACUAAAAAGUGAUAUAACAUUGCUAUUUUCCGAAGAAGUGGCUACAGGAAACAGGCAGUCCUAUGGCCAAGGUAGAAAAAGUAGAAUUCAAAAAUGAAGUCAAAAUUACUUCAUGUUCAAAUAAUGACUUCAAACUAAAGAAUUAAAUUUAUGUAUUAUUUAUUUGUGAAUAUUACACUUGUUUCUAAACUAUUUAUUUAUUUAUUUGUUUAUUUAUUUAUCUAUUUAUCUAUCUUUCAUACCAAAGAAUUUGUUGCUGCUUUUAUUUUGUAACAAAAAUUUUAAAUAAUCACAGAUAACUAAAUUUUUUGAGGUAUAUAAUACCACUGUUUUCAGAGGUCUAAACAUUGUUGAUUUGAUAUUUUGAUGGAUACAGGCAGUUGACUUGUGAUGAUUUGCAGACAUUGCAUUUUAACAAAACACACUGCAAGUAUAACAAGUGAUGUAUUUUAACAACAGAAAUUUGCUGCCUAGCUGUGUAAAUGGUGCUCCUGGAUUGUUCUCAUUCAUAUUAUUAAUUCUGAGUAUCUAGAAUUUUUGUAUGUCACUGACCAACAACAAAUAUGGUUUGCAAAAUAAAAAUUGUAAAACAUCUUACUGUAA